AUGGGUAAAAGAAAUUUCAGAAAAGGAAAAGGUGGAGGUAAAAAGAACUUUGGCAACAGAAACACUGACGCCGAUCGUGAAGCUCCAUGGUCUGACGCUGUCCGUGAGAGUGAAGUUUGGGAAAAGUACUACAAAGCCUUGAAUAUCAUACCUGAAGACGAAUGGGACACUUUUAAACAACACUGUCAAGAGAACUUACCAUUAACUUUCAGAAUCACUGGUUCUAGAAAACAUGCAGAGGAAAUCAGACAACAAUUUAUCACUAAACACGUCGAAAAGUUGAAAGAUGCCGAGUUUGAAGGGGUCAAAUUGACACCAAAGAACUUGGCCUACUACCCAAACCAAUUAGGUUGGCAACUUGAUGUGUCCAAGGCCGUAAUUAGAAAGCAAAAGGAGUUUGCUGAAACCCAGAGAUUCUUGGUUAUUGAAACUCAAGUGGGGAAUAUCUCUAGACAAGAAGCCGUGUCCAUGAUUCCUCCAUUAUUGUUGGAUGUCCAACCAAACCACUAUGUCUUGGAUAUGUGUGCUGCUCCAGGUUCCAAAACCGCCCAAUUAGUCGAAGCAUUGCACUCCCAAGACGAAAAGGCCUUGCCUACUGGGUUUGUCUUGGCUAAUGAUUCCGAUUACAAGAGAUCCCAUAUGUUGGUCCAUCAAGUCAAGAGAUUGAAUUCUCCAAACUUCAUGGUGGUGAACCAUGAUGCCACUUUGUUCCCAAGAAUCAAAUUAAACGGUGCUAACGAAUACUUGAAGUUUGAUAGAAUCUUGUGUGAUGUCCCAUGUUCCGGUGACGGUACCAUGAGAAAGAAUGUCAAUGUCUGGAAGGAUUUCCGUAUUGGUAACGCCCUUGGAUUGCACCCAUUGCAAUAUAACAUCUUAAACAGAGGUCUUCAAUUAUUGAAAAAGGGUGGUAGAUUAGUGUAUUCCACUUGUUCUUUAUCCCCAGUUGAAAAUGAAGCAGUUGUCGCUGCUGCUUUGAGAAAAUGGGGUAACCAAAUCAGAUUAGUCAAUGUUGAAAAUGAAUUGCCUGGGUUAGUCAGACGUAAGGGUAUCAAUGACUGGAAGGUGUUUGGUAAAGAUAUGGAGCUUAAAGAACGUGGCGCCGAAGGUAUCCCAGACUCCGUAUUCCCACCAUCUGAAGAAGAAGUGAAAGAAUUCAACUUGGACUAUUGUGUUAGAGUGUACCCACAUUUGCAAAACACUGGUGGGUUCUUUAUUACCGUUUUUGAAAAGGUUGACCCGGAAGAAAAUAACAACAAGAGACCAGCUGAAGAAGAGACCGAGGAACAAGAAGAAAAGAAGCAAAAGGUUGAUUCUGAAAUCGUUCACAAGCCACAAAAGAAGGAUAAAUUGCCAAGAGAUGCUAAUGAAGAACCAUUUAUUUUCUUGGAUCCAAACCAUCCAGAAUUAGCCAAAUGUUGGCCAUUCUAUGAUUUCCAAGAUUCGUUCCCUAAGGAUUGUACCUUGGUGAGAAACUCCACUGGUGAACCAUUGAGAACAAUCUACUAUGUCUCACCUAUCAUCCGUGAUAUCUUGUCCAUAGAAGAACAAAAGUUAAAGAUUAUCCAAGCCGGUAUUAGAUUAUUUGUGGCUCAACGUAAUGAUCUCGGUACCUGUCCAUGGAGAGUCCAAACCGAGUCCUUGCACACCAUUGAAAGAUACUUGGGUCCAAAGAGACACUUGUCUUGUAAUUUACAAUUGUUGGAAGUUUUGUUCCAAGAAGCGUUCCCCAAGAUCGAAGACCUUAAGAAGAGAGGUAUUGACGAAGAGUUUUCGAGAAGAUUGGAUGAAAUGGAACAAGGAUGUGCUUUCUUAACCGUUAAGAGAGGUGAAGGUUUGGAAGACUUGUUCUUGCCAUUGUGGAAGGGUAUUUCCAACGUCAAUCUUAUGGUUAACAAACAAGAUACUCAUGAAUUACUUUAUCGUGUUUUUGGUAUACAUACCUCAGCCAAGGACGAAGGUAAAGAAAAGCUUUAUCAACAAAAGGUUGAAGCCGAAAAGAGAGCUAGAAGUGAAUCUGCUGCUCCUAGUGAAGCAGUAGCUGAAUCCACUGCUGAAGCUGAAUCUGAAUAG